UUAGUGAUUUGAGUAGGGCGGAUUAAGUAAGCUCAGUGCUCGAUCAUUUUCAACAACAUGCGGUUUAUUUUUAACCGAUCGCCGCCCAAUUAGUCUUAGAGAAACCAUCAACACAGAACAUAUAUUCCAAAUAUUAUGUAUAAAAUAUAAACCUAAAAACAUAAAAAAGUUAACACAUAUAUCUUGCAUAACUGUAAAUAAGCGAAUUCAAUAUUACUUCAAAAAUAAUAUUAAAAAAAAAAAUUGUGACUAAGUCUCAGUACAUCAUUUCAUCACUUGAAAAACUAGCCUAUAAAAAAACAAAUAGGAAAACGCCCUACAAACAAAAAAUUAAAUCGGUAAAUCAGUGAAAUAAAUUUCUCAUCUGAAGUAAUAAAUAGGAAGAAAAACUUUGCAAAACACCGCAGAUAAUAUUAUUCGGAUAGCUCGCCUGACAAGAAGUAUUAUAAAUGAUCUUGUUCCCGGACAGAAAGCGAGACGACAUAGCAGCUACAGUAGUUGAAAAUCGUUUCAGAUGAAGUAAUCGUCUCAGAUAUGUGCUCAUGAGCAGCCGAUUUAAAACUUUCGGAGUCGUCAUAAGAGUGAACACAUGUGUCACUGGAAUCUGCAUGCUAGAUUCGGUACCAGUGAACCUUCGAGCUCUAUAGAUCUCGAAAUACGCCACAGGGUACGAAACUCUUCCUUCUAUGUGCUACUUUCUUUCGACGAAUCAAGUAUACACUUUCACUCUGCCAACCUAUUGACAGCCCAAUAAAUAAAGUUUUGUCAGCCUCUAAAUAGUCGUCAUCUAGUCAAGAAAGAGAGUCCCCUGGGGGAAGUAGGCCUGCUGGAAUGGAGUGCCUGGAAUGCUGCUUAUCGGAACAGGCUCGUGAAGAGAGGCGUAUCAGUAGGGAAAUUGAUAAGGUCCUGAGAGCGGAUAAGAAAAAAGCACGGCGCGAGCUUAAAGUGCUGGUCCUGGGCACAGGCGAAUCUGGCAAGACCACAUUCAUCAAACAAAUGCGCAUUAUUCACGGCAACGGUUUUUUGGAAAAGGAACGGAAGCAUUUCACCAAAAAUGUUUUCCAAAACUUAUUCAUGGCCAUGCAGUCCAUGAUCAAUGCAAUGGAUGUUCUGAAGAUUCCCUACGGUCAGCAGGAGCAUAGUAAACUUGCCGAUCUGGUGAAGAGCAUCGAUUACAAGACAGUUACCAGGCUGGACGCCCCAUACACAAAGGCCAUCAAAACGCUUUGGAACGAUGCUGGCAUCCAGGAGUGCUACAGUCGCCGUAGGGAAUACCAGCUGACUGAUUCAACUGAAUACUUUAUGAAAAACUUAGCUCGAAUUGAAAAGACUGAUUACCAGGCAUCGGAUCAGGAUAUUCUUCAUGCUCGUGCGCCAACAACCAAUAUUGUUGAGUAUCCAUUCAAGUUGGACCGUUUUUUAAUAAGAUUAGUGGACGUCGCUGGUCAACGAACCGAGAGAAGAAAGUGGAUUCAUUGUUUUUCCAAUGUGACAUCAAUUAUGUUUUUGGUUGCUCUAUCCGAAUUUGAUUUGUCUUUGGCUGAAUCGGAGAAUGAUAACCGGAUGGAGGAAUCUAAAGCUUUGUUUCGCAAUAUAAUUUCGUUUCCAUGGUUUCAAAAAUCAUCAUUAAUUUUGUUUCUGAACAAGGAGGAUUUAUUUGAGGAGAAAAUAUUAACAACGGAUUUGGCAGACUAUUUUCCCAAGUACACUGGUCCAAAGAAGGAUGCCAAGGCAGCCCGAGAUUUCAUACUAAACAUGUUUACUAGCGUGAAUCCUGAUCCUUACAAGAUCAUCUAUCCUCAUUUCACCAUUGCUACGAGAACCGAAAAUAUUAGGUUUGUGUUCACUGCUGUUAAAGAUACAAUUUUAGAAUCGCAUCUGAGGGACACUAAUUUGCUGUGAACUCGAUUUCUAAAAAUUGUCUAUUUUAAUAAUAUUAAUAAGGAGCGAGGUUUGCGUAUCAAUUACAAUUUAACAAUAUUUUAAGAUAAAAAAGGAAUAAAUGUAUG